AUGGAGGACGUUUGCACAUGGUGGCACUUCAAACUGUAUGCAUGUUCAAUUCGUUCCUUCACUAUUAUUAUCAAGUACAGUAUACUGGAGCAUAUCAACUUCUUAAAUUUAUGUUGCAGCCUAGAAUAUAUCAACAUCAAAAAUAUAUCAGCCAGACUAUAUCAGUUUCUGUACGGGAGAGAUAGGUGGUUCUGGAGGUCGAGCAGGGAGGAGGGAGCUAGAGAAGCGGUGCAGCGACAGAGUUGGAGGAUCAGGGAGGGGCUAUGUUGGCCCGGCUCUGUCCCUCACGAAGAUGAGCACAUCUCCCUCCUCACCCCUUCUGAGCUGAGCUUCUUCCAACUCAUGGCAGGGCUUGGUGGUCUCACAGGGGCAAGGUUUUCCCACCACAUGCUUGGUUCAGACAUCUCGUCAUCCUUAGGAUCAGUUUAUCCUAUGGCAAAAGACGCGUCUUCCCCGAGCUGA